AUGGUGAUGCUGAGGAGAAUGAUGACUAUGAUGAUGAUGAGUAUGAAGAGGAGGAUAACCAUGAGGAUGAAGCCUGGCCCCCGGCCCUUCCUCUGUGGUGACUGUGGCCAGAGCUUCAAACAGAGCUCCAAUCUCAUCCAGCAUUGCCGCACCCACACCAGUGAGAGGCUAUACAGCUGUGCUGAGUGUGGCAAGACCUUUGCUCACAAGUCUGCCCUCACCCAGCACCGCAGUGUGCACAGCACUGAGAAGUCCUUCACCUGCAGGGACUGCAGCAAGAAAUUCACACGUAGCUCCACCCUCACCAUCCAUCGCCGCCCCCACACCGGAGAGCAUCUGUUCCCCUGUGCUGAGUGCGGCAAGAGCUUCACCACGAGCACGGGAUUCAUCCGGCAGCAACUCAUCCACAGCGGUGAGAAGCCCUACAGCUGUGCCGACUGCGGCAAGAGCUUCACCGCGAGGGGCAACCUCAACCAGCACCGUCGUGUGCACACUGGCGAGAAGACGUUCAGCUGUGCUGAGUGCGGCAAGGCCUUCAGACAUAGGGGCACUCUCAUUCACCACCGCCGCACCCACACCGGUGAGAAUCCUUUCACCUGUUCUGAGUGUGGCAAGAGCUUGAGCCGCAGGAGCCAUCUCAUUGUUCACUGCCACACCCAUACUGGUGAGAGACCGUUCACCUGUGCUGACUGUGGCAGGAGCUUCAGCCGUAGGGGCACCCUCAUUGCUCACUGCCGCACCCACACCGGUGAGAAACCUUUCACUUGUGCUAACUGUGGCAAGAGCUUCAGCUGCAGGGCCAAACUCAUUCACCACCGCCGCGCCCACACCGGAGAGAAGCCGUUCACCUGUGCUGACUGUGGGAAGAGCUUCAGCCGCAGUGACUAUCUCAUUUCUCACCGCCGCACCCACACCAGUGAGAUGCCAUUCACUUGUGCUGAUUGCGGUAAGCACUUCACCCAUAAGGUAUUCCUCAAUAAGCACCGAUGCAUCCACACCAGAAAGCAGCCUGCACUGGACGGGAGAUAG